CUGUAGUUAGUAUGUUCCGACGGCUUGACGAAGACGGAUCACUAUUCGAUAUAUUUUCAUAUGUAGUAAGAGAAUUAUUAGGUGUUAAGAGACUUGGUAGCCAAUAUACUAUAAUAAAAACGAAGUAUUGGUUAUAUAAUCAGUGAAAAUGGGAAUUGUAAAAUCUGCAAUUAUUGGCAUGGCCGUGAUAUUAGCUGCUUCGUAUUUUAUUAAUCGACCAGAACGAGAAAUUCCUAAGUUGCCAAACACAUGGUGGGGUCGGGGUCCAGCUAAGGAAGAGGAUAAAAAUAUUAAACCUUUCAAAAUUACCUUUACGAAAGAACUUGUGGAUGAUUUAAAAGUUCGAUUGAAUAAGACUAGAACCUUACAGCCCGCUCUUGAAGAUUCUCAAUGGACUUAUGGUGUUGAUGGUGCAUAUCUUCCUAUAGUUAUUGACUAUUGGCUGAAUAAGUAUGACUUCAAGAAAAGAGAACAAUUUCUUAAUCAAUAUCCACAGUUUACAACAAAUAUCCAAGGAUUGAAUAUUCACUUCUUACACGUAAAACCAAAAAAUCAUAAAGGGAAACGUGUACUCCCCCUUCUUAUACAGCAUGGAUGGCCGGGUUCGGUUGUUGAAUUUUAUAAAAUUCUACCACUCCUAACGACUCCCCGGGAGGAGCAAGAUUUUGUCUUCGAAGUAAUUGCUCCAUCAUUACCUGGUUUUGGAUUUUCUAGCUCGGCAGUUAGACCAGGCUUAGGUAGUCCCCAGAUGGCUGUAGUUUUGAAGAAUCUUAUGCUGAGAUUGGGAUUUGAACAAUUUUAUACCCAAGGUGGCGACUGGGGUGCCGUUAUACUUGCAAAUAUGGCUUCUCUAUUUCCUGAACAUGUACUUGGGCUGCACUCAAACAUGUGCAUAGUCUUGAGCCCUUGGAACAUGUUAAAAAUGAUUUUAUAUAGUUACUUUCCAUCGUUAUUACUUUCUGCUGAGGACUAUCAUCGUAUGUACCCACUUAGUACACGCUUCUUGCGAAAUUUGGAAGAGACUGGCUACUUCCAUAUUCAGAGCACGAAGCCUGAUACGGUCGGAGUUGGCCUUAGUGAUUCGCCAGCUGGAUUAGCUGCGUACAUACUGGAAAAGUUUUCCACAGGGACGAAUCCGAAUAACAGGUUUCACGAUGACGGUAAUUUACUGAAGAGCUUCACGUUUGACCAGCUUUUAGAUAAUUUGAUGGUUUACUGGACCUCUAAUAGUAUUACAACUUCUAUGAGAAUUUAUGCGGAGACGAUUAACAAGAAUUACUUAAAAGACGAAUUAAAUACCAUUCCAAUAACGGUACCUAGCGCUUGCGCUCAAUUUCCGCAUGAAAUAUCGUAUCAACCACCGUCUCUCAUCAAGCACCGAUAUAAGAAUUUAAUUCGGGCGACUAAAAUGCCGCGUGGUGGUCAUUUUGCUGCUAUGGAACAACCCCAACUGCUUGCGGAUGACAUUUGGACUUCCAUAGCGGAAAUGGAAAUUUUGAGGAAGAAGGAGGUUAAGAACUAAUGGUUGAAGACUGUUUUUUAUUAAAGUUUAUUCAAUAGGUUAAUGGGUCACUCGUGAAUUAUAAAAAUGUAGAGUAUCGAAGAAAUGUAAAAUCUUUUUAUAUGUCUAAGAAAAUUAAGGAUUAAAAAGUGAAAAAUAAGUUACAUCUUUUUCAAGA